AUGGCUAGGUGUCCUGAUGGCUGUAAGCCGGCUGAAGCGUUUGGUGCUAGGGGUAAAUGCCAAUUACUUCAGUCAGCCUAUAUUCUUGCUGGCCUGGCUAUGAUGCUAAACAUCAGGCUUGCCUAUAGUUCUGCUCCAUAUGCUCUCAUUAGGUUUAAGUUGCCUGAGAAUCUAUUCAGUGUAUUUGUUAGGAGAAUGGCAAGUGCAUUGGAACUUUGGUGUCUGCCAGGUUUCAUCAUUGCUGACAUAAUCGAACUAGCUGUUAAAUUAGUCAUCAAAUUCGGUAACGAUCUCGGACUCAGCGGCUAUGGCGACUACACCCACAAAUCCAGAGAACUCAAAUUCUAUGCCGUUAUUUGUCUUUCGAUAAUUGCUCAAUGGUUAAAUUUUCUAACUUAUGUAAUUUUAUUGUUUGUUUAUUUGAUGGGUGGAGACUCUGGUCGUCUAACUACCUUUUAUUGGACUAUAGCAGUGUCUGGAUUUGUUUUUGGUAUCAGUAAUCCAUUGGUCUUUGCUGCUGACUAUAAUUAUAUACCCAUCUAUAUUGUUGGUGAAAAUUGUUUUCCAGCUCUAACCUCAUUCAUACACUAUCUAAGUACACUAAUGUUUGGUAAUCGUAGAAAAUACGAUAGUGACUUUCUACUAGUCUACAUUGACAUUUCGGUAGCAAUCCUGAUAUCCUUUGUGGCAGCUUCAGUAUGGACUAUAGCCUAUGGUAUCUGGAUAGUAACUAAUACUGCUCCUAUUAAGACUAUAACUGUUACUGAUGCUGGUAAGAAAAAACUUACUAUCGAAUAUGAGGAUGGUAAUAAGGAUGAGAAUGCUACUUAUACAGAAACUCCUAGUACUGGUCCUCCUUAUAAGUAUACUGUUACUCAUCCUAAAACUAACAUCACCUAUACUUUUACACUCAGCGAGCAGCUUAAUACUGGUACUCCUUAUAGUAAAAAAGAUGCUGCUACUGAACUCAUUACUGUUACUUAUGGCCACAUAUUUGCUGAAGGUUUCUCUGAUACUAAUGCCAAACCAUCUAUGGUCUCACCAUUUCUGAUUGUACUAGUUGGUAUGGGACUUGUCUAUGCUAUUUAUCCUGGAAUUGCACCUGGUAUGAUUGUACCAUUCUACCUCGUUGACAAGAUUGAAAUGGUUCUUCUGAUAGCUACAAUAUUUCCACCAGUUAUUGUUGCACUACUCCAAAAAGACCAUCCAAACUGGUCACCUAAAACUAAAUACGUAUGGCAUGGAUUUGGUAAUGCUAAUACCGGUUUUGGUGGAUGGCUACCAUACCCAGCCACACACAUAAAAGACCAAGAACAAUCAACAGCACAAAAAAAAGAAGUAUGCGACCCCGCUGCUGAAAAAGCAUCUAAUAAUACUGUUUAUGCUUGGAUAUGGCACUUCUUUGACCUAGUGAUUCUCAUUAUGAUCAUCCUAGCCUAUCUAUUCAUAUAUUCACUCCACUAUAGAGAUUCCAAUAUAUCUCGUGCUAUUGUUAAUCAACCCAAAAUGUCUACUGCUCUAACCAUUAUAUUUUAUAUGUGUCAUGAGACCUCACUUGCUGUAGGAUUCGCUGGCAUGGUAGGUAAUGCAGCUGAAUAUACAGUGAUAGCUCAAAUGAUAGGUGCAUUCCUUAUGGUCUUCCUAGCACUAUAUUCAGAGGGCUACAUUAUUGAGUAUAAAAGUCAUGAUCCUGCUCAUUGGCCUACAGAGUGA